GCCCUGCCCUUUUUCCCAUCUCAUGAACUUGCUGGACUGACUGACUCUCUGCUGGGCUGGAGGGGCAGCUCUUCUGGCACACAGAGCAAGACAAGACCAGCUAGAUCUGAGAAAGGAAGCACAGAGAGAAGCUCAGAAAGACCAUGACUAUGGACCUGAUCCCACACUUUUCCAUGGAAACCUGGGCUCUCCUGGCCAUCAGCCUGGUACUCCUUUAUCUGUAUGGGACCUAUUCCCAUGGACGAUUUAAGAAGCUGGGGAUUCCAGGCCCGAGACCUCUGCCAUUUUUUGGAACAGUUCUGAACUACCGUCAUGGUUUUCUAGAAUUUGAUAUGAAAUGCUUCAAAAAAUAUGGGAGAAUGUGGGGGUUUUAUGAUGGUCGGACGCCUGUGCUGGCCACCAUGGAUCCAGACAUGAUCAAAACUGUCCUGGUGAAAGAAUGCUACUCUGUCUUCACAAACCGGCGGAUGCUAGGUCCAGUGGGAUUUAUGAAAUCUGCCAUAUCUUUAUCUGAGGACGAAGAAUGGAAGAGGAUUCGAUCACUGUUGUCUCCAGCCUUCACAAGUGGGAAGCUCAAGGAGAUGUUCCCCAUCAUUGUUCAGUAUGGAGAUGUGUUGGUGAGGAACCUGAGGAAGGAGGCAGAGAAAGACAAGCCUGUGGACUUGAAAAGUGUAUUUGGAGCCUACAGCAUGGAUGUCAUCACAAGCACGCUAUUUGGAGUGAAAGUCAGAACCCUAAAUAACCCUGAGGAUCCUUUUAUGGAACAGAUCAGAAAGCAGUUGAAAUUUUAUUUUCUUGAUCCAUUUUUUCUUUCAAUAGUUGUCUUCCCAUUCCUUACGCCCAUUUAUGAAUUACUCAGUAUCUCUCUGUUUCCAAGAAGCGUCACUGAUUUUUUCACAAAAAUCAUUAAGAGAAUGAAAGAAAGUCGCCUGAAAGAUCAACAGAUGCAUCGAGUGGACCUCCUCCAGCUGAUGAUCAACUCCCAGAAUUCCAAAGAGGUGGCCCAUCAUAAAGCUCUGACUGACAUGGAGAUCAUGGCCCAAUCUGUGAUCUUUAUUUUUUCUGGCUAUGCAACCUUAAGAAAUUCCCUGUCUUUUGUUCUGUAUUCACUGGCCACUCACCCUGAUGUCCAGAAGAAACUGCAGGAGGAGAUUGACAUAACUUUCCCUGACCAGGCUGCUCCCACCUAUGACGCCGUGAUGCAGAUGGAGUAUCUUGACAUGGUGGUGAACGAAACCCUCAGACUCUAUCCGAUUGCUGGCAGACUGGAGAGGGUGUGCAAGAAAGAUGUGGAGAUCAGUGGGGUGCUUGUUCCCAAGGGCACAGUGGUGAUGAUGCCCCUCUUUGUCCUCCACAAAGACCCGUCACUGUGGACAGAGCCUGAGGUGUUCCUUCCGGAAAGGUUCAGUAAGAAGAACAAGGAGAGCAUAAACCCUUAUGCCUACAUGCCCUUUGGAAAUGGCCCCCGGAACUGCAUUGGCAUGAGGUUUGCUCUCAUGAACAUGAAGGUUGCUCUGGUGCGAGUCCUGCAGAACUUCACCUUCAAGCCCUGCAAAGAGACACAGAUUCCUGUGAAGUUGGUCCAUGGAGGACUCAUUGAAUCAGAAAAACCCAUUGUCCUAAAGGCUGAGCCAAGAGAGGGGACUGUGAGUGGAGCCUGAUUUGGGAGGAGGAUUCCACCAUGUUUUGUAGGAGCUGUAUCCAGAAUGCCUGAGAGGUGAUUUGACUCCUUGAACAGAACCCAGAAAUGAAGAUGGUCCCCGUGACGGCUACCCAGGGCUUCUGAGUGUCCUUUUAGUUUUCUGAGAGGGUUGAUGUGUGGGACACAAGUGAGAUGACUGAAUAAUUGAAUAAUUGCCAGCUCUGUAGACUCAGCAUCUCUGGUUCUUAUGGGUCUUCUACUCCCCCAGCCUUUCCCCAGUCUUGAGCCCUGAUGAUGGAUUAUGAUCACUCAAGCAUUUUAUCAGCAAACUUCUGUCCUGAAAGUUAUGUUAGGCAAGUCAAUAAACAGCUCUUUACAGAG